AUGACACACCCCAUCAUCUUCAACAGCAGCCUCGGCCUAGGCAUAAUGCUCAUCUCACUCGGCAUGAAUGCUACGCUGCGUCCCAACAAUCACCUCAAAAGCCUUGGCUUCCCUGUGCCUAGCGAUCCCCAGGCCAAGACGUUCAGCCACGCGCUCAUGCGUAUUUGGGGCGUGCGGAACAUAUCUGUCGGCCUCCUCGUCGCCCUCUUGUGGACUACUGGUGAUGAGAGGCUAUUGGGCAAGGGCUUGUGUGUAGCUCUGAGCCUACCCAUCACUGAUGGUUUUGUUAGUCGGUUGGUUGUUGGAGGCGGCGAGCUGCAACAUUGGGUGUUUCCGCCUGUACUUCUGGUUAUGAUUGCUGGUUUGUUUGGAUGGUUUUGA